AUCGAUCGUCUUUGUGCCGUUAUGCGACGUAUAAAAGUUGAUAGAAGUUGAAACAUUUUCCGCGUGUAGAUUGGUGGCGCUGUACGUUGUUAUUUAAACUGAUCAGAGUUUUUAUAAGGAAGGAUAAUUUUCUCUUCGAUAAUGUCUAAUGAAAAAAGAAAACAGGAUGAAGAUGAUAAUGACGACGAUAGGGCUAAUCAAUUAUCUUUGGAAACGGCACCCAAGAAAAAACAAAAAGUGUUGGAAUAUGAGCAAGUAUAUUUAAGUAAUUUGCCAUGUUGUGAGUGCUAUGAAAAAUCUUAUAUGCACAGAGAUGUAAUAACUCAUAUUGUGGUAACAAAAUCAUAUUUUAUACUUACUGCAAGUUGCGAUGGACAUUUAAAAUUUUGGAAAAAGCAAGAAGAAUCGAUAGAAUUUGUAAAACACUUUAGAGCUCAUUUGAAGGCCAUACAAUAUUUGGCAGCAAGUUCUAAUGGUAUACAUGCAUGUACAGUUAGUUUGGAUAAAACAAUGAAAAUAUUUGAUAUAAUUAACUUUGAUAUGAUUAAUAUGAUAAAAUUAGAAUUUACACCUCUUUGUGCUGAGUGGAUAUAUUCUGCUGGGGAUGCAAUUGCUGUGGUUGCUGUAUCUUCACAAGAUUCAAAUAAAAUAAGUGUAUAUGAUGCUCAAGGAACUAGCACUGCAUUGCAUGUUUUUGAAAAGUUACAUACAAAACCUGUUGUAUCUAUGAAGUAUAAUACUGUCUAUGAGACAUGUAUAUCAGUUGACAAGGCAGGUAUAUUAGAGUAUUGGACAGGACCUAAAACAGAGUAUAAAUUUCCAAAAUGUGUUAAAUUUGAUUCGAAAUUAGAUACAGAUUUGUAUGAAUUCGCUAAAAAUAAAACUUAUCCAUGUGGUUUGGCAGUAUCUGCAGAUGGUAAAAGAUUCGCGUCUCUUAGCGGAGAUAGAAAAGUAAGAGUUUUUAAUUUUCUCACUGGAAAAUUGUAUAGAAUAUUUGAUGAAAGUCUUCAAAGAUUUUCUGAAUUGCAACAAAAUACGCAACAAUUACCAAACAUGGAAUUUGGACGAAGAAUGGCUGUCGAAAGAGAAUUAGAUAAAACCGAAACAAACAUAGGAAAUAUAGUUUUUGACGAAUCUGGUUAUAUGAUAUUAUAUAGUACAAUGUUAGGUGUGAAACUUGUAAACCUUUAUACAAACAAGUGUAUUAGAAUAAUGGGGAAACCUGAAAAUAUACGUCCUAUGCAAUUAGCUUUAUUUCAGGGCAAAGCAAGAAAAACUGCAGCAACUGUAUCAGUAGAAAUGGAAGCUGCUGAAAAUCCUACAAUGGAAAUGAAUCGACCAGAUCCAAUUCUUUUUUGUACAGCUCAUAAGAAAAACCGAUUUUAUAUGUUUACAAGGCGUGAGCCAGAAGAUAUAAAGAGUCCGGAAUGUGACAGAGAUGUCUUCAAUGAAAAGCCUUCUAAAGAAGAUAUUAUUUCUUUCACUGAAGCAAGCAAUGUACAAAAAAUUUAUGAUACUGCAAUUAUACAUACUGCACUUGGUGAUAUUCAUGCAAAUCUUUUUGGUAAAGAUGUACCAAAAACAGUUGAAAAUUUCUGUGUUCAUUCUAAAAAUGGUUACUACAACGGACAUAUAUUCCAUCGAGUAAUCAAGGGUUUUAUGAUACAAACUGGAGAUCCCACUGGAACUGGGACAGGUGGUGAAAGUAUAUGGGGUGGUGAAUUUGAAGAUGAGUUUAGAUCCCAUUUAAAACAUGACAGACCAUACACUUUGAGUAUGGCAAAUGCAGGCUCAAAUACAAAUGGAAGUCAAUUUUUUAUAACGUUGACGCCUACACCUUGGUUAGAUAAUAAACAUACUGUAUUUGGAAGGGUGGUCAAAGGAAUGGAAGUAGUACAAAAUAUUAGUCAAGUAAAAACGAAUCCUAAGACCGAUAAACCUUAUGAUGAUAUUCGUAUUGUCAGUAUUACUGUUAAAUAAUUUUAUAUAAUAAAUGUUUAUUUACAUAUAUUAUUUCUUCAUUUGUCAUUCAUACAUUAAUAGACGAUGAUAAAUUUCCAAAUUAUAUCAUUAUAUCAUAUUCAUUAAAUCAUUUUUGUUGCUUUUGCUUCAUAUGAUAUAAUAAAGCUCUAACAAAAAGGUAUGUACUUGUAGCACAUGUGAAAGCAUUCACACUAAACAAGUUAUAAUUUUUUGGUGUAAUUACCAGUGAGUAUCUACAUGGAUUAAUGGAAUUGAAAUGGAUAGAAGAUUACUAAUAAUAAAAUAAGGAACAAUUAUGUAAUAUGUUAAUGUAUAUCUGACCUUGACCAUAUUGCGCCUGUUAACAUAAGACUGGCGGCUUGACUAAGAGAAAUCGUUUCUACGGGACGGUUAAUAUCUCCUAUAUUUGCGAUUACUAAACCCCACUUAAAAGUUGGACCCCAGAAAAAUAUUGUUGUAGGACCUGCAAGAAGACGAAUAACAUAAACAAUAAUUAUAAGAAAUUUUAUGUAUGUUACCUGCAGGAUGUAAAAAUAUCGGACGCAAUUUUUCGGGCAGGUACGAUGCAAUUAAUAGUACUGCUCGUUUGUAAGCAGUUUGUUUAUUGGGCAUAGACAUCUUUUAGUAUAAUUAUACACAUGCACACAUACAUACAUACAUAUAUAUGUAUAUAUAUAUAUAAAAUAAUAAUAGAUUUAAAUGUUAUUUGAAUGUCUGAUUUGAGAAAGAAAGAUUAAGAAGUAUAUAAAGUUCACAAUCUGAAAAAGUAACGUAAACAAAUUCUCCUAAUCGAUUUAUAAAAUAGCGUCGUUGUUAUUUACAGAAAUAUCGAGUAUCGAUUUUUUUAUAAUUUUCGAUUCAUUUAAAUUUCCUCAAUACUUAUAACCUGGACUUUUUACCUUAAAUUCAAGUAUAAAGAAUUAUAAAAUAUAUCAUUCAUAAUAUCAAUAAAAUGUGUUGUAAUAUUCAAAAAAAGACGUCGUCAUGUUGGAACGACAUGGAAGAGUUAAAAUAUCUCCUCUGCGCUAUCGAUUGUUGGUAAUGCUAGCAUAUUAACAUAUUUAAUGACAUAUUUAUUUAAUAAACAUAUUUGACUACAUUAUAAAAUAAAUUCUUUUAUGUUGAUUUGAA